AGGAUGUGCUUGCCCCACCGUGAGUAGUUCGAAUAUAACGACUUUUUUCAGAUAGCAACAAAACAAAAGACACGGACGUCAUAGCUGUUUUAAUCCAAAGGAGCCAGAGUUGCUUAUUAUUAAGUAUAUUUACCGUAGGAGACGUUUUUUAAACUGGCAUACAGCACACCUCGAUGGAUCAUGUUUGUUAUUGAAGAAAGCGCACAAGAAAGGUUUUUUUUAAAAAUUCAUUACACGUUUUCUUUGGGAAAUCAUAACUGAAGAGAUCUAAUUGGGGGAGAAAAUAAACAGUUUUGUCAGAUUUGCAUUGCGUAUGUUUGGCUUUUAGGUAAUCCCUCUUGGUUUGGUAAAUUCCACUCCGCGUAUUUUAUGUUUGCAUUUGAUGUGUGCUUUAUUCUAUUUAAUAACUACGUGGGGAUCAGAACCAAUUGGAGAAGACUGAUGAAUGGCAAAAUAGACGGAGUUUUGCGUGGAAAAACCGCGGUGGUAACGUGUCGCUUUCGGAACGCUGAAGAGUGAUCCUAUUCAGGAACAAUCGCGGUGAAUGAGCGGUUGGAGGAACAUGCAAUACAAUAAAAGACAGUGAAGAACUGUCGCCAUCGCACUGGGAACGUGGCACCACAUGCGCGACUUGUGAAUGAAAAGGAAAGCCGCAGCGGAGAAAAGGCAUUCUCCGUAUCCGUCGGGAAGGGGAAUUUGUGUUUUUGUGUCCAUUUCUCCUGUGGUGUCUGUGUGGAACGAGCCACACACCCACUCCAGAACAACGACGGCUUUUGCUUGCAUCUUUCAGUGUUUCUUCUGUCAACAAGUUCAGCAGAGUUGCAGCUCGUCCAGCCCCAGCCCGGAGCCUCCUGAGCAGCAGGUCGACAGGGAGAUGGUGAAGAUGACCAAGUCCAAGACCUUCCAGGCCUACCUGCCCAGCUGCCAUCGCACCUAUAGCUGCAUCCAUUGUCGAGCCCAUCUGGCCAAUCACGAUGAACUCAUCUCCAAGUCAUUCCAAGGCAGCCAAGGCCGGGCCUACCUCUUUAACUCUGUCGUGAAUGUGGGCUGUGGUCCAGCGGAAGAGCGAGUGCUUCUCACCGGCCUGCAUGCUGUAGCAGAUAUCUACUGUGAAAACUGCAAGACCACUUUAGGCUGGAAAUACGAGCACGCCUUUGAGAGCAGCCAGAAAUACAAAGAAGGCAAGUUCAUCAUCGAACUGGCGCACAUGAUCAAGGACAACGGAUGGGAGUAGCCCCCUGAGCUGUGGCUUUUCAGUGACCUUUCACCCCUUUGUCCGGGACUCCGCACCGGCAGCUCUGGCAGGGGGGAAGCUCCCUGGCUCAUCGUGAAAAUUAACAACAGAAUUAAGAUAACAAACCUGAUAAAACAGACAAGCAGACUCUUGUUACGUUUCACUCUUGAUUCUGACUGGGCCCUUUCUUGAUCCCUUCCUGUUACAGGUGUCCUCUAUUACGUGUGAACCACUAUUUAAGAGGAAAUAAUUAUUAUCCAGCCGACACUUCCUUUUUUUAAUGGUGGGGGGGAGUGAAGUGGGUGGGUUGAUCGUGUUUCUUUAAUCAAAGAUUUUCACCCGAUGGCAGACUGAUGUUACUGGUUAGCAUUCGUUCUUCUUCUCUGACUCUUGUCUGUCCGUCAAGCUGUUGCUGUGCAUGCUUUACUUGCAGUGUAAGUAAAAACAUGGAAUCCAGGGCGGG